AGAGAGAGAGGAGAGAGAGAGAGAGAGAGAGAGAGAGCGAGCUGCUAUUACUUGUGACAGAGAGCGGCAGCGAGCACAUCCAGUCCGGGGAGCCGCUGCUGCGUCAAGAUGCUGAGCGUCGCCUUGCUGUGCGUGUGCGCCGUUGCCCUCGGACGCGUCUCUGCUCGCUCAGACAGCGGCAAUUUUCUGGAUGAUAAGUGGCUGACUGGGAGAUGGGAUAAAUUCAGAGACGAGCCGGGAACAUGGACUCCACCCAAACCAUUUGAUCAAAGACUUGAUCCAGCCAAAGACCCCUGCUUGAAGAUCAAAUGCAGUCGACACAAGGUGUGUGUGGCUGAGGAUUACAAGACUGCCACUUGUGUCAGUCAAAGGAGAGUUAGUUUUAAAGAUGCCAAUGUGUACCAGAGUCCAGGGUCAAAGUGCAAACCCUGCCCCGUGGUUCAUCCGUCGCCAGUUUGUGGAAGUGACGGCCACACUUACUCCACUAAGUGUAAGCUCGACUACCAGGUGUGCAUCUCAGGAAAGAAGAUUACUUUGAAGUGUCCUGGAAUGUGUCCAUGUCCCUCUCACCCUGAGCAGACAUCUUCAGAGAAAAAAGUGUGCAGCGAGACGGAUCUGAAGGGGGUGGUGAGCCGCCUGAGGGACUGGUUCAGAGUGCUGCAUGAGAAUGGCAACCACAAGAGAGUCAAGAUUCAAAAGCCAGAAAAGAACAAGUUUGAGGUGGGCGCAUCACCUGUUUGUAAGGACCCUCUGGGCUGGAUGUUCUCCCGGCUGGACACGAACUUUGACCUACAGCUGGACCAGUCAGAGAUCAAGAGCCUCUAUCUGGACAGGAAUGAGCCUUGCUCUGAUGCUUUCUUCAAAACAUGCGACACACACCCCGACAAAGUCAUAACCAGCUCCGAGUGGUGCACAGGCUUCCAGAGAUACACAGAUUCUCCGUGUAAAGCAGAGCUCUCCAGUAUCAACAAAAAGCUAACUGGGAAGAAGUUACUCGGUCAGUAUCUGCCGUCCUGUGACGAAGACGGUUACUACAGAUCCCACCAGUGUCACAGCAGCAGCGGCCAGUGCUGGUGUGUGGAUCGCUAUGGCAACGAGGUGGCAGGCUCGCGCACCCACGGCCCUGCAGACUGCGGCGUCAUUUUGGAGUCCUCUGGGGACCUCGGCAGUGGAGACUCACUCUUUACUGACGACGAUGAAGACUCUUUUGUCCCCAGUGACCAGGCAGGCAUGGACGACGAGGAUGGUGAAGAUGAGGAUGAGGAUGACGACAUUGAUGAAUAUCUGUCCUAAAUUAACAACUUAAAAGAAACAUUUUUAAAACUGUAUGUUUGGUCAAACUGCACGUUUCUAAGUGACGCCCCGGGCAGAUUAUUCAUCAUACUAACAUCCUUUUGUACUAUUUUCUGUGUACUCUUUCUUCAUCAUUUAAGCAGAAAAAAUACUGUAUUUUGGAAAAUCUUUAAUGGUUUUUCCUCCUUUCUUCAGUCGAAAAUAUACUUGUACACCCGUGUGUCAACCAACAAGAGAGCCCGAGGCGAUUUAACAGAGAACCAGUCAAUUUGUUUGGAUCUGGUCACGUCUCCUUUCACUGGACGGUCCAUGUCUCUCAGUGUGUCGUGUCCUUGUGCAGCACUCUGAUGUCUGCGUGUGUUGACGCUCAAGGAACAACGAGAUUUCCCUCCAUCUCCCCCCCCCCCCCCCCCCAUCCGAUCCUUUUUAUCUGUAUCAAAUGUUCUCGUGUAUAGGUGGGAUGUCGAUGAUGUAGAUAAGAGAAAUACUGCGCUCUUUAGGUUUCUUUUGAUCUCGAUUUCUAACCGUGACUGUAACUUUGAGGAAAAACAAGAUAAGACUUAGACAAGCUUCGUCAGAGGUUACAAUUAAACAGAGCAAUUAGUUAGAAAAGUAAAGUAUGUCGGAUAAAAUUUCAAAAAUAAAAAGGCUAGCUGUUCAAAUCAUCGCAGUCUGGGUGAGGGUGGGGUGGGCUGGAGUUUGUUAUUCUGGUGCAGGAGGGAUUAUUGUUAUCUAUUUUUCUAAUCCAGUGUAAGAUGAAUACUGAAGAUGAAAAAGAUUUGUCUUAACAUGUGGAACACUGCGUGAUAAUAUUUCAGAGGCCAAAAACCUUUGAGGAGCUCCAACAAAAAAAUAAAUAAAUAAAUAAAAAACAAGUUGUGUUUAACAACCCCCCCCCCCCCCC